AAAAAAGAAUCUAUUUAGAUAACUUAACUGAAAACCUAUUUAUAGAAAUAUAUUUCUUAUCUCUGAACAUCUCAUCAACAAUUAGAAAAUGGAUGCAUGAUGCAAUAAAUUUGAUUUCUAGAAUCUAGUUAACCGGAUAAUAAUCCAUAAACUAAUUAAUUAACUCGGUUCGGUUUUACCUCAAGUGGUAGUUAAUCGAAGAGGCAGCAAAUGAAAGCAAGCCACGUGGGAAACAUAGAGAGACAGAUAGAGAGGGAAGGACCACGUUUAGGUUUUUUAAUUGAGGUGUAGUAUAAAUAGGUUUGAUCAGUUGGACGUUUUUGUAAGUGCCUUCACAACGUUCCUUCUUCUUCUUCUUUCACUCUCUUCUCGCCGCAAACCUCCACUACUAACUAGGUGCAAGUUGUAGCAUAAGUAUAUACUCUCGGUUUUUCAUUGCCAGGUAACUUCAUUGAGGAACAUCAACCAGGGAAUUUUAACUUGUAGGUUCCGAUGUGUAAAUGACUGUGGCUAAACCACAUAUGGAGCUCAACCAAGAAAGUCAACAGAUAAAUGUAGAGCAGAGUCUUGGAGGAAGACAUGAAGAAUGUGUCCUUACCAGUGCUAAUACAGGUGAGGAACUGGAUGUUGAUAUAGUUGAAUCUGAUGAAAACAACAUAGCCACCACGGAUGAAGAAGAUCCAAACGCUACUGAAUAUUCAAGCUCGUUCUCCGACACUGCAUCUGAGGAUGCUGACAUGUUGUGUAAUGAACUGGCCGAAGAUGCUGAGGUGGAAUCUCAUUAUUGGGAUGAAACUGACUUAGGACCUGCUUAUGAUUCCUUUAGCAGCAUUUUUCAUUAUAGGAAGAAAAGGCUAACAAAUCACUGGAAGAGCUUUAUAAGGCCAUUGAUGUGGAGAUCCAAGUGGGUUGAGUUAAAGAUUAGGGAGUUAGAGUCUCGAGCCUUAGAAUACCCAAAGGAGCUUGAAUCAUUGCAUCAAGAAAAGCUUGGAGUUAAUAUUGAUCCAUCUGUGUUGGAAACGUAUGGCAAGGGAAUCAAGUCAUUACCGUUUUCUAAUCCCUCUUACAGAAAAAGAGCAGCAAAGAGGAGAAGAAAGCGUAAGAAGGUUGAGAGCACAGAUGAUAUAGCUUCAUAUAUGUCUCAUCAUAACCUCUUUGCUUACAUCGAAAACAAGAAGUUGAGCUCAGAUGGAAUGUCAGUGGCUGAUGACUUUGCUGUUAAGGAUACACGGAUUGAGUCAAAGGACCGGGUGGCUUUAGAUGAAGAUGACUCACUUUUCAACCAUAGAGAAGAAGAUGGUGUCUUGGAAGAGGUUCUCUGGAAGAUAGAGCUGGUACAUUCACAGGUUCAUAGGUUGAAAACUCAAGUUGAUCUUGUGACGUCUAAGAACGCAGCAAGAUUCUCUUCCUCAGAGAAUCUGAGCCUUCUUGCUGCAAGUUCUGCGCCUAGCCCCACGGUUUCUGCUGGAGUUUACAACUCUUCUCACCUCAUGCAAGACUACGUUCUUGGAGAUUUAAUGUUCUCAUCUGAAGGAGUGGUUUCAAGCUACGGAGACGCAUUUCAUAUCCCUGACAUAAUCGAAAGUACUGUUGGUCUAUUCGCAGAUGCAGAUGUUACAUUACAUCAUCCUCAAGUAGGAGACUCUUGUGAAGAUAUUUUGGAUAAUAUAUUUAUUCGAAAUGGAGUGGCUGAAGAAAUGAAUGCUGAUUUGAUGGAAACUAGUAGCCAAGAAGAAGGUGAGAAACCUGAGGAAGGAGAAGGAACCAGCGUGCUACCAUUGCAGCAACUUCAAGAAACAGAACAAGAUUCGGUUCUAAGAUCAUGUUUGGCUUCUGAGAUGCUUGUUGUUCCUAGGAACAAAAGGACAAGAGGUGGAGAACGUAAAGCGAGUUCUUGGUGUAAGAAACAUCUCAGCGAUCCUGAAAGCCAGUGAUUGCUAAAAGACAAAACUCAGUAAGCUUGAUUCUACUGAGCCACAGCGACUAUUCUGAAGAUUCUUUACUUGUCUUUUUUCCUCCGCUUCCUUACUUUCAGAUUGUGUGUUUGCAGAAUCAUUAACUUUGUUUUUUCAUAUCAUUAUCUUCUUUUCUGUUCCGUGAUGUUGAUGAAAAAGUUAGACAGAAGACACAAAGUAUGUAUAAUUAAGCUUUAGAUUGUAGCCUGAUUACAAGUUAUUCAAA